UCUCUGUGGGAGGUUGGGCGCGGCUGGAGAGGCCGGAGAUGGAGGCGCUCCAGGGUUUCCCGCCCAGGCGACACAGGCGUGGUGUGGCCCACUCAUGCCUUGUUUCCCUGCUUUCUGUUUUUUUUAGUGGGGGCAAGAAGAGAGAGAGAGCCCCCCCCCCCCCCACACACACACACUAUGAUCUACAACGCUUGUACUCCUCAUCAUUAGACUAGUCACAACAAUAGGGUUUGGACUGAGGUAUAUUGUGGACAUAUAUCAUCCCUGACUUUAAAAUGCCCUUCAAAGUGUCCCCAACCUCAGCACCAUCAGUGCUGUUGGGUUGCAAUUCCCAUUAUCUCCCCAGUCUGCAUAGGGGAUUAUUAUUAUUGUUUAUUUAUAUCCCGGCUUUUGGGAAAAUUAGGCCACAAGCUCUUCAGAAAUGGCAAUCACCACCAUAUGGCGCAGCGUGUUAAAGCGUUGAACUGCUGAACUUGCGGACCGAAAGGUUGCAGGUUCGAAUCCGGGGAGCGGAGUGAGCGCCCGCUGUCAGCCCCAGCUUCUGCCAACCUACCCUGUUUUCCCGAAAAUAAAACAUCUCCUGAAAAAAAGGACCUAGUAAAGGUUUUGCUGAAUUGCUAAAUAUAAGGCCUCCCCUGAAAGUAAGACCUAGCAAAGUUUUUGUUGGGAAGCAUGCCCGCCAAACAGAACACCAGAGCAUACAGGAUUGUCAUUCCGGUGCAAUUCUGGCUGAAUGAGAAAAGAGCUUCCUCCGGGGAUUGCUCCAGGGUGAUGGUUGGCAUAAUUCCUAUUAAAGCUCUUGUUAUGGAUGAAAGCAGGACCAGCAUUUGUGUAACCGGAUUGCUUGCCUACCUGAGAGUCAACCAAAGAUGCAGGCCAUCAAAAACAUUGUUUCCUACAUGGUGUUGAAAUGACCUCGUCUAGUUCUACAUUUAACAACUGUGUCCAAAUCAUGCUUGCUUUCAGAGUGACCAGAAUGAGAAGGUAUGGAAGAAAGCACAUAAUAGAGUUAUGCAUAGUCUCUAAUUAUUGUGUUUUGACUCACAAGUACAAUUUCUAAGACAAAAAUAAAAAAUAUCUUUAAAUAAUAUAAAGUUAUGACAUAUCAUGUUUUUGUCAUGACUAUGUAUUAGAUCAGAUCCGUGCUGUAUAUGAAACAAUGUUCUCGUACUGCUUCUGAUGGAAAUGCUAAACCACUGCAAUCUUAACAGAACAUUCAUCAUGUCAGUGAUUUAAACAACAUACUCAUGCUAUGUGACAAAGUUAAUAAAUUAACUAUGUUAACUUCCAGUUAAUUUGUAUGUAAAUAUAAAUUGAUCUCUUCUAGAAGUUUCCUGCUGAACUGAAUGGCUAAACAUUUACAUUUUUCAUCUUAAAAAGUGGUCUUAAUUUCCAUCUUCCAUACAACAGAUAGUCACAAAUAUGUUAGUCUGGCAAAUGCUACUGUUUCCAUAGAAGAUACAAGCAAAAAAUUAAAAAAAAUUAAAACUGGUCCAAAUUGUUUUGCUUGUGUAACUAAUGAGUGAGCAUUCCUAUUAAUGUCGAUGUCUUGUUCCUUGGUAUUAGAAUCAAUGGGUAUUUGCAGAGAUUACUUCCAAAGUUGUAAACUUUGUUAUCAUUCUGUCACUAAAACAAGGAUCUGCUGUUCAAAGAGUUUAUUAUAUUUUGUUCUAUCAAAACUAUUUGGGAAAGAAAGUUCAGGAAUCAACAGUUGCAUAUUAGUUAUACAUUGUUUCCUUCUAUAAACCCAUGUGCAGUAUGCCAUUACAACAUAUGCAUGCCAUCACAUAUGACCCCAAUCACAAUGAUCAGUCCCCACCACCAAGCACUGCUGUUUUUAUUUUAAAAGUGAAAUUAAUUGCAAUGACACAUUUCAUAAUGGCAUAUUUUGUCUGGAUUACAUCACCACAGUCAAACACAAUAGUCUACCAGAUAUCUGAUAUAGGGGUAUUCUCCUUGGAGAUUUGGAGCUUUUUGCUCCAGAAAAGCCAAAGUAUUCAUAUGAAAAGGUACCAUUAGUGGGAGGAGUUUGUGUGUUUCAUGGUCAAAUAUAUGGAAUGUUCAGAGACAAGCUCUAAAUGCAUCAAAGACGUUGUUGCUGCUGUUGUUGUUUGUCUUUAAGUCAUUUUUGUUUGUCUUCAAGUCAUUUCUGAUCUAUAGUAGCCUUAAGGCAUUAGUAACCUCUUGGCAGCAGAGGGGGCCUUUGUGAUCCUCUGAUAGUGUGACUUGCCUAUGGGGCCUUCCACACCACCAUAUAACACAGACUAUCGAGGCAGAUAAUCCACAAUAUCUGCUUGGAACUGGGUUAUCUGAGUCCACACUGCCAUAUAACCCAGUUCAAAACAGAUAAUGUGGGAUUUUAUACAGCUGUGUGGAAGGGGCCUAUGAUCACCUAGUGGAUACGGUUUUUUUUCACAGCCUUCCAGUGGCCUUUACGUUAAUAUAGUCAAAUGAUCUUCCUUGCCCUUUGAAAUGUCUGUAUCUGCUUUCUCAUGUUGCAGCCUGUGUGCUUCUGUCCCUUACUGUGCCAAGCUGUUAGUUGAGAAUUCACUUAGCACUUACUACAAUCGUCCAAAGCAAGAAAUGUCACAAGUGGAAAAAGAACGCCUAGACAUUUGAUUUUCUAAUAAAUGAAAGUGGUGGGUCAUCAUAUCGCUGGUCAUGGAAUCGCUGCUUAGUCCCAAGCUUGCAGGUCUCCUUAUACUAAGUUUCUCCUAGAGCCAUUGGUUAUGAUCAGAGCAGAAAGAGUCCUCUGACCAUAUUACAGUCAUGAGGAUGCUGAUAUCAGAGUUGAACUGGCUGUGCUAAUGAAGGCAUAGAGCAAUGGUUCUCAACCUGUGGGUCCCCAGAUGUUUUGGCUUUCAACUCUCAGAAAUCCUAACAGCUGGUAAACUGGCUGGGAUUGUUGGGAGUUGUAGGCCAAAGGACCUGGGGACUCACAGGUUGAGAACCACUGUCAUAGAAGAUUUGGAAGCUGUACUUUCCCCUCUAUCUGCCUACCUCUUUCCAUUCUGGAAACUUUCCAGUUGAUGGGGAGCUGAGAUUUAAAAACGUGUCUCUAGCUCCUGCAAAUCCUUCCAGCUUCCAGCAUCUCAAGGUUCAGAUGUGUCAGGUUUCUGUUAGCCACCCUCCCCAUCCUCAACAUUUUUCUUGUCUCAGAUUUCUCCCCUUCUUAGGAUGGCCUGUCCUGCCCUGGGUCUGGCCAGUGCUUCAAAUAGUACAUCGGUGUAAACAAGCCCCGCCGGCAACUGUGGCCACAGCAGCCCCAGGCUCAUCUGUGUGGGUUGGGCAGUCCCUUUGACAAGGUGGGCAGAACAGAGCUGCCCUGGUGAGUUCAAGCUGGUCUUGCCGGAGUAGAGCCAGGGCUCUUAAUUACCUGACAAUAUUUGUUUGGGGUGUUGUCCUGUGUUUGGCCCGAACAAGAUCUAGCCCUUUAUAAAAGCAGAAUGGCUUUGAUCUGCUCAGUGUCUGCCCUUCGUCGAGGAGAGGAGCGGGGACCCACGGACAAGAAGCCAAGUGUGUGGAAGGAAAGCUCAUUUGCCUAGAUUGAGCAUGACCAAAGCAAGAAAUGUGGAUUCAAGAGAGGAGCACCACCCACUUGGGAAAAUAGAAGACCCAUGCCCUCAUGCUGAGAGGAUGAGCAACAAUCAUGGUGCAAACCAGGAGACCUCCAGCCGAAAUUCAGUGGUGAUCUGCCAAGCAGUUGGGAGAAGUAUCUUCACCUCCAGCAUCUCUUCAGCAGCAGAACGAGUCAGCCUUAUGCUGAAACAGGAGGAAGGAGGGAAUGAAGAGGCAAGCUCUCCAGUGCUAUUUAUACAGCUCUCUGAACUCUUCAAUACCCUUGAAGGAUUGGAGUGGAGGCAAACCGCCAGGUGGAUAAAAUUUGAAGAGAAAGUGGAAGAUGGAGGGGAACGCUGGAGCAAGCCUCACGUGACCACCCUGUCCCUUCAUAGUCUAUUUGAGCUGCGGACAUGUAUAAGGAAAGGGGCCAUCUUGCUAGAUCUGGAAGCACAAAGUUUUAAGGAAAUUGUUGAGAAGAUAAUGGAGAACCAGAUUGAGAACCACGCCCUUAGGCCAGAGCAUUUGAACAAACUCGCCCACAUAUUGCUUCUCAGACCUCAACACCAUACAACCAAAUCUCAGCUGAUGAUGCUGGUGGCGAUGUGCUUGGCCCCCUGCUGCUCUGACAAAGUGAAUAGCCGUUCGGAUGCAAAGAAUGAGAUUUCAGAAAUUCCUUUAAAGGAGCAGCUCAAAAACAACUUCAAGAAGAAGAUUCCAGCUGGGACUGAAGUGGCCAACAUCCUUGUAGGAGAAGCCAGCUUUCUGGAGAAGCCCUUCAUUGCUUUUGUACGCCUGCAGCAGUCAGUGCUCCUUGGAAACCUGACAGAGGUUGCUUUUCCCAGCAGGUUCCUCUUCAUCCUAUUGGGUCCAAGAGCGAAAAUGAAGGCCUAUCAUGAAAUUGGCAGAGCUGUGGCUACUCUCCUGACAGAUGAGCUUUUUCAGAGAGUUGCCAGGAAAGCAAGUGGCAGAGGAGAUCUCAUUGCAGGAAUUGAUGAGUUCAUGGAUGAGCUGACUGUCUUACCCCCAGGAAAAUGGGACCCAACCACCCGAAUUGCUCCCCCCAAAUGCCUACCCUCACCACAGAAGAGGCUCUCCUUACACCUCCGAGAAUGGAGUCCUCAUUCUAAUGGAAACAAAUCUAUGAUGGAUGACCGGCAUGGCCAUGGCCAUGGUCAUGGCCACCAGCAUGUCAGUGAGGAGUUGAAGAGAACAGGACGAUUAUUUGGGGGAUUAUUAAAGGAUAUCCAGAGGAAAGCUCCCUGGUACUGCAGCGAUUUCUAUGACGCCCUUAACAUCCAGUGCUUUUCAGCGAUCCUUUACAUCUACUUGGCAACCGUCACCAAUGCAAUCACCUUUGGAGGAAUGCUGGGGGAUGCUACAGAUAACAUGCAGGGUGUGCUGGAGAGUUUCCUGGGCACUGCUUUUGCUGGAGCAUUUUUCUGCUUGUUUUCUGGCCAGCCUCUCACCAUUCUGAGUAGCACCGGACCUGUCCUUGUCUUUGAGCGACUUCUCUUCUCCUUUAGCAAAGACUAUAACCUGGAUUAUUUAGAAUUCCGCCUUUGGAUUGGCCUCUGGGUGGCCUUUUUUGGCCUUAUCCUGGUGGCAACGGAAGCCAGUUAUUUGGUGCAGUAUUUCACACGCUUUACAGAGGAAGGCUUUUGUGCCCUCAUCAGCUUUAUUUUCAUCUACGAUGCUAUUAAGAAGAUGCUGUCUCUAGUGGAACAUUACCCGGUGAAUUGGGACUACAAGAUCAAUGAUGUUACCUUGUACAGCUGCACCUGCCAGAUGCCAGAGGCAGGCAACUUUUCUCUUUUAAACACGACACUGUUCCCAACCAUUAGCAGUUUUGAAGAGCCCUUGGACUUGGAGCCUGGGAACUGGUCCCUGCUGACCAAGAAACAAUGUGUGCAACUCGGAGGCCACCUGGCGGGCAACAGCUGCAGUUUUGUGCCUGACGUCACCUUCAUGUCCUUCAUCCUGUUCCUCGGGACGUUCCUCUGCUCCCUCAUCCUGAAGAACUUUAAGUCAAGCCGCUAUUUCCCCACAACUUUGAGAAGGCUGGUGGGCGAUUUCUCCAUUAUCCUGGCUAUUCUUAUCUUCUGUGGAAUCGAUGCUGCCCUUGGAUUAGACACUCCCAAGCUCAUUGUGCCCAGUGAGUUCAAGCCCACAAAUCCGACACGAGGUUGGUUAGUGUUUCCAUUUGGAGCAAAUCCUUGGUGGAUAUACUUGGCAUCAUCGGUGCCUGCCAUUUUGGUCAUCAUCCUCAUCUUCAUGGAUCAGCAAAUAACAGCCGUGAUUCUCAACCGCAAAGAGUAUAAGCUGCAGAAGGGGGCAGGAUUUCACCUGGAUUUCUUCUGUGUUUCCCUUUUGAUGAUCUUUACUUCCAUCAUGGGCUUGCCUUGGUAUGUGUCAGCCACAGUCAUCUCUCUGGCCCAUAUGGACAGCCUUAAGAAAGAGAGCACCACUUGUGCUCCAGGAGAGCAGCCAAAGUUCCUGGGAAUCAGGGAGCAAAGAGUUACAGGACUGGUGGUCUUCAUCCUCACAGGAUUGUCAGUAUUCUUGGCACCUGUACUCAAGUUUAUCCCGAUGCCUGUACUAUAUGGCAUUUUUCUCUAUAUGGGUGUGUCUGCACUUAGCAGUAUUCAGUUCACAGACAGACUCCAGCUCCUGCUGAUGCCUGCUAAACAUCAGCCUGACUUCAUUUACCUCCGCCAUGUCCCACUACGCCAAGUCCAUCUCUUCACCUUCAUUCAGAUACUUUGUCUAGCGGUCCUAUGGAUCAUUAAGUCAACUGCAGCUGCCAUUAUUUUUCCAGUAAUGCUGCUGGCUCUUGUAGGCAUCCGAAAGGUGAUGGAAUACAUCUUCCCCCGACAAUACCUGGUUUGGUUAGAUGACAUUAUGCCAGAGAAGGAGAGAAAAGAAGAAGAAGAAAAGCUGAAGAGGAAGCAAGAUCAGGAUGACAGUGACAGCGAGGAUUCUGAACUUAUGUACCAAGAAAAAGGACCAGAAAUCAACAUUUCUGUGAACUAGAGGGAUUGAUGUUCACUGGUGGACCAAGCAAAAAUAAAUGUCUAAUAUUAGAUUGUACUAGAAGUGCUGGGAAACCUCUGUUUGGAAGGACACCCUUACCCCUUGUACCUACAGCGGCAGCCACUAUUGCUGUUACCAGAAUGGGGUGUUAAGACAUGCAAGUUCUACCUUUGCUCAACUGCAGAUACUGCAAAGCAGGUCUAAGGACAGGAACAGAAGACAGAAAGCCCCCAUACACAUUGCCAUCCUGCAGUGGACCGCUAUAUCAUAAACUAUGACGGCUGUCACCAUCAUGAAGGGGCAGAGGACCAUCCUUCACUUGCACUGUAACAGAAGCACAAGAAAAGAUGGGACCAAACCAGAAUGGCCCAAUGAGCAGCUUCUCAUGUUCAAUACUCACCUCCUGCCAUCAAAGUUUUCUGGUGCUGCAAUAAUUCAAUUGUUGUAAAGCUCUAAAGUACUUAUCUAAUUCUGCUAACGAUUACUGGGGACUUUUUGAAAUUUUGUGUGAUGCAGUCUUGCAGUAACUGAAAGAGUAUCCAAAACAUCAAUUCUUGGAACUAAGCUCUGCUUAUGUAAGUGGUGCUUCUACAUCAGUGUAUAUCUUUUGAUAUUCGCGUUGUCUUCUGUGGUCAUUUAACAUUUUCCUUUGUUGAUUCUGUUCCCAUCAGUUUUUGUAGGUAAUUGGGAUCCCAUUAGUAUUUACAGCUCUAUCUAUUGGGGGAUCUUUGUCUUUUCUACUAGCUGGUCUAGAUCAUUUAUAGGAACAGGCUUUCUUCUUUGGUAAGCACAUCUUACCUCUCCUUGCUGUGGUUCACUUCCUUUCUCUCAUUUACAAACACGUGGAGCAGGAAUUCAAACAUGGCCCAGAUAUUACUACUGGUACACUAUUUCUAUGCAUACCCAUUUUAUCUGCUUUUAUUCAGCACAAUCUUGUGAUAUCUGGAUGGGCAUUUUUGGGUCCUUUAGAUGAGGCUUCCCUCCAGAGAUAAAAGUCCUCCCUCUGAAGAGCUUCUGCAGAAACAUGCCUAGCCUAUAUCAGUCCAGUAUAGAAAGGAGGAAAAAGGUGUGCAGUGCAGGAAUGUGGGGUGCUAUCUGAGAGGGGCUUUAGGAUGCAAAGAAUCCUGGACCAUAAACAUGUCCUCAAACUGGCUGAUAACCAAUGCCAACACUGGAGCUAUUCUAAGAAAUUUGUAAAAAAAAAAAAAAAAAGCGGGGGGGGGGGGGGGAGAGUGAACACAUUUGUGGCGAGAAAUUCCAACUUUCUUUCACUUUUGAACCUUCAGAGGUCUCCAAGACAAGAGUUAUGUAAGCUCUGCCCAUAUUAAAUGGCAAACAUCUCUGCACAAAUAGGAUGUAUUUUACCUUUACCUCCUUACAAAUUGUUUGAUUCAUGCUCUUUAAUUUACAAAAUAUGUUACAAGCCCCAAAUGCAUAUCUUUUGUUUACAGUGUGGAGAUGAGAGGGGAGAGGAGAAUUGUCAUCAUUGUGUAUGAGACGGGGAUUAGUUGGAGUGCUUUUCUAAUUUUCAGACAGAAUGCCAACUGGUUUGCUGUAAGUUAUUUCACAGGAAGGAGGCAUAUUGCAUUUAGAAGGCCAUCCCUGGCAUUUUCUGGAAGAUUGAUGUAUGGUGGGAAUGGAAAGCCUAAUCAAAUGACCUAGCAAAAUUAACAGAAGAGGCUCCCACUCCACUACAAAAAGAGCAUAGGCAGUCUCUCUCUCUCAGCUUUCUCUCACAUGAAUUUUGUUGUUUCAGAGGCUCCCCAAUAAAAAUGCUUUCCAAGUACAAACGUGCAGCCAUAGAAAGUCACACAUUGCAAAUUACUGUGCCAUAUCUUUAGGAACACUUAAGUACGGAGCCCCGGUAGCGAAGUGUGUUAAAGCACUGAGCUGCUGAACUUGCAGACCGAAAGGUGCCAGGUUCAAAUCCCAGGAGCGGAGUGAGCGUCUGCUUUUGCCUCAGCUUCUGCCAACCUAGCAGUUUGAAAACAUGCCAAUGUGAAUAGAUCAAUAGGUACCGCUCCGGCGGGAAGGUAAUGGCGCUCCAUGCAGUCAUGCCAGCCACAUGACCUUGGAGGUGUCUACGGACAACGGCGGCUCUUUGGCUUAGAAAUUGAGAUGAACACCACCCCCCAGAGUCGGACUCGACUAGACUUAAUGUCAAAGGGAAACCUUUACCUUUAAGUACAAGAUAAACACAAAUUCAGGGGAAAACGUGGAUAAUCAAACAUAUAUAUUCAGAUUGCAGCCAUGUAAACACACGGUCAAUAAAGCCAAGCUUAGUGAAGUCUAGAUCCUAUAUUUAAUAAACAUAAUAUGUAAUUCAAAGAGUCCAGGCAGAGUCCAAACUCCAAGACCAAAAUCCAAUUAUUUAUUAAAAGACCCAGUUUUUCAGCAUUUUUCACAACAAUUCUGCAAUAUAUUAUUGUUUCUGUACUUCUUUAGAAGGCAAAGCUGAAAGAGACUUCAAUAAACAUAAGCCAAAUGUGAUUCCCCACCAUAAAAACAAUUCAGUGCAAAAUUGGCCAAUCAAUAUUCCCACCCCUAUAAAAAAUAAUUCUGUUAUAAUUAAUCUUAAGUUCUGGACCAAAUGAAGCUAUUUUAAAGAAAAUGGGUGAGCAGAUCUUUAGAAAUGCUCUCUACCGGUGUAUACAUGAAGUACCCAAUAGUGGUCAAGCAAGAAAUACUGAAGAAAGGCAAAAUGAACAGUGUGUAGGCGCAAUGGUACAGUAUAACUUACCAAAUGCAUGCUACAUAUCAAUUAAAAUGACAGUUUGAAAGAGAAACUAGUUGAUUGCUUCCCCUACGAUUUAAACGAGCAAAAUCAUUUUAACUUAUGUUAUUAAAUGGGAAAGAACGAGAAUGUGUAGCUGUUUAUUUUAUAUGACCCUGGAGAACCAAAAGGCACACAUUGUGGUAUCAGGGAACAAAAGUGUCCACAAAAUUACAGAAAGACAAGUCCAGUUUGUCGUUUAAGCCCACAGGGGACACACAUUUUAAUUUAUGAAUCCCAAAUGCCUCACUUCUAAUCAAGGUAUUUGUUAUUUAUCUGACUGUUGACAUUCCUCUAUUACUUAGCUUCUAUUAAAAGUUCUCUAGUAAUAUGCUAAAUAAAAUAUACAAAAAGGC